GCCACAAGUGAAUGAGGGGCAAAGAGAGGUAUCUUCUUUGACCCUGGAGCCUGCCCUGGAAUUAACCUUGUGCUAUUCAGAAGAUCAAGAAGUGCUGAGCCUGGCGGCAGUGCAGCAGCAGGGCCAGCCCUCGGCGAGGCCUCUCUCUGGCUCCCCAGUCAUGCCUUGGCAGCUCUCUGCAGCGGUAGUGUUCUUCGUGUCCCUGGCUGUGAUUUUGCAUUAUGGCAGUCAAAUAAGAGCUAAAGUGUUCCCAGAAACUUUGGACUAUCAGCCUACAACCGCAACAACAGUGCAGGCCAUAGCAAAACUUUUCCUACAACCAACUAACCAAGUACCUCCCAAAACUUCAGCAGUAAGAUCAACAGAUGGUCAUGUCACCUCUCAGAGAGCUGCCACAACCUCCAGCUCUGAACCCCCAAUCACACACACAACAAUAAGAACUCUAGUAACAACUUCCUUGGAAACUAUAAACAGUACCCCAUCUACCAGCACCACAGUCCACACCUUAGUCACAACCCCGGCCACACCCAAUAACUCACACACAGCUGCUCCAGGCACUGAGGCCUCCAUUGGCUCCAGGGCAGCGCCAGGUUCACUGCCAACCACCAUCACCCCACCAGCCCAUACAACAGGAAACAGCCCCACAACUAGGAAAACCACCCAACCCAGUAACCAGACCACCCUUCCAGCAAUGUUGUCCACCUCACCACAUAACAGCACAACCAGUCAGAAGUCUACUCAACCCAUGCACACCUCAGGAGCCACCACAGCUGCACACAAUACCACCCAAACAGCCUCACCUGCUACCAUGGCUCCUGGGCCCACUCUGGCACCUCAGCCUUCAUCAGCCAAGACCGGAAUUUAUCAAGUUCUGAAUGGAAGCAGGCUCUGUAUCAAAGCAGAGAUGGGGAUAGAGCUAACGGUUCAAGACACAGAGUCGGUUUUUUCAACUCAGAGAUACUUCAACAUCGACCCCAAUACAACGCAGUCCUCCGGGAACUGUGGCUCUCGAAAAUCCAACCUUCUCUUGAAUUUCCACGGUGGAUUUGUGAAUCUCACAUUUACGAAGGAUGAAAACUCCUAUUAUAUCAGUGAAGUGAGAGCCUAUUUGACAGUCUCAAAUCCAGAGAAAAUUUACCAAGGAAUGAAAAGUGCUAUGGUGAUGUUUGAGACUGUGGUUGGGCAUUCCUUCAAGUGUGUGAGUGAGCAGAGCAUCCAGCUGUCAACCCAGCUUCAACUGAAAACAAUGAAUGUCCAAUUUCAAGCCUUUGAUUUUGAAGACGACCAAUUUGGAAAUGUUGACGAGUGUUCAUCUGACUACACAAUUGUGCUUCCUGUGAUUGGGGCCAUUGUGCUUGGUCUCUGCGCUGUGGGUUUGAUUGUCUAUGGAAUCCGCCUAAGACGUGAAUCAUCUGGAUACCAGAGAAUCUAAUUGGUUCCCAGAGGAAAAGAAAAUAAUGGAGUUUAGAGAAUUCUUUCAUCAUUUCCAGAAUGUUGGGGACUUCCCUUACAGUGAGUCCUUCUGACAAUAUAAACCACUAUCUUUCACAAAAACUAAGUCAUUUCUGAUUUAAAUUCAAGCAACAAAUCAAUUUCUACAUAUUUUUUGUUUAUUUUAUGAAAGAUAUAGUGAUCUGCUUGAGUAUUUUCCAGUUUCCUUCAAAAUAUUUUAACCAUUCAAAUCAAGAUUUGAGAUGUGUUAUAAUGCAUGUAAAGUGGUAUAUGCUCCCAAAUUAUAAACUAAAAUGUUAAUUGUAACUAAUGCUACCUGUGCACAUUGGAAUUUUAUUUUAUCCUUCAUCUUUCCCAAUAAAAAAAAAUGCCUCUUCUUUGUCUAUAAAA